CAUCACAACCGCGGGCGGAAGGUGCUCCCACAGAUAGUGGUGUGAAGGUUUUUAGCCGCGAGUAUCCGAGAGUAUCUCCCACCGCGCCGCAGCACGGCUUAGCUCAUUCGACUAGUUAACGCCGGACGGUACGGAGCGGGCUUUUGCAAAUCAGACCCGCAACACCGUAAGCAGCCUAGACGACAUAAGCGCGCUCCGGUGGUUGUGAUAGGAUCUGUUUUUGCUGCUGUGACACGAGGGUGACCAGCCGCAAAUACUAAGUGCUGCGCUGCGGUGUCGAGCGUCCUAGUACCGAGACCGGGAGAGACAGACAGCGAGAGAGAGAGCGAGCGAGCGAGCGUGUGUGCGCUUAGUAGCAGCCCGAUAGUGUCUGAGUGUGAUCCUGCCUUCUGCUAACGUGCGAGUCUGCCAGAUCGACGUGCUCUACCAAGUGGACCGCGCGUUUGGGCACACAACAGGUUUGUGGGCGUAGUUUUUUGACGUUUGGAUAUUGAAGUGCCAAAAGGCCCCAAGUGGACAGGUUUCUUCCUUUUUUUUUAGGACGGAAAAUAGACACCGGUUGUGUGUGUGUCCAGUCGCAAGGCAGGCAGAGAUGGCAACCGUGCCGCACGUUUGGCUAGCGCUGGCCACGGUGAUCCUGGCCACGAUGCACGGCAUACCGGCCACGGCCAACCGGGAGCACAAGGUGCACAACAUUGUGCUGUACCCGAACAAGCAGUCCUGGUGUACGACGCGCAACAUCAGCCAGGUGAUAACCGAGCCGGGCUGCAAGCAGGUGACGAUCGACAACAACGUGUGCGUCGGCGCGUGCUUCAGCUACUCGAUACCGCACACGGAACCGUCCGAUCCGGGCGAAAUCAUCGGCCCGUACUGCGACUCCUGCCAGCCGUCCGACGUGUCGUACGUGUUUGUGAAGGUGGACUGCACGGAGAGUGGCAACGCGAAAAGCCCGUACCUGUACAAACAGGUGCAGCUCAUACACAACUGCACCUGCACGGCGUGCGACGAGCAGUCGACGCACGGCACGGCCGCACUCGUCACGAGCGACCAGCAGCCGGGCGGGGGCUCGCAGGAGCAUCCGGCAUCGGCGCACGACCAGCAGCUCGGGCACGAUCACCGGCACCAUGCGAAGCACGCGGCCGGGACCACGGUCGAGGCCGGGUCGGAGGAGAGCCCCUCCGACAGUGACAUGAUCCAGGACGACAUACCCGAGAUACUGGAGGUGGUGCACUACAGCGAGAACGACACCGAGCCGAUCCGGCACACGCCCGUGCACGAUCUGCAGUCGCCGCACAGCGGCACCACCUACCUGGAGCAGCAGCAGCUCAACCACUACGAGCACAACAGCCACACCGACAACGUGAAGAAGCUGCUGCACCAGAAGAUCGUGAAGCUGCUGCGCUCGGUGGAGGAGACGAACUCGCACACCGACCGGGCCGAGCUGGUGGAGAUGAUACGGCUGAUCAAGGGCACGAGCGACCGCAACUGGGACGAGCUGGUCGAGAGCCUGCAGUCGGAGAAUGCGAUCCUCGACUUUAACCGGCUCCGGUCGGAGCUGGUCGAGGAGGAGCCGCUCGGGGGCGGCGCCAACGCGGCCGACCAGGAGCCGGCCGGUUCCGGGCCGCCCGAGUACGCCGACCACCAGCGCCUGAUGCACCAUCAGUACGACGCGCUGCGGCACCGGGCGCACGGCGAGCCGGAGCAGCCGGCCGGCGAGACGCCGAAGCAGCACCAGCAGCCGGCGGGCCACCAUGCGGUCGGCGAGCGGAUCGACGCCCACCAUCAUCUGGGGCGCGGCCCGCACGGCUCGCUGGUGAUACAGGCCGACCGGGCCGACCAGGAGGUGCACCGGAGCAUCCAGAACGGGCACGAGAUCACGGAGAAGAUUCACAUCCCGGCGCACGAGCUGAAGCCGAACCAUGCCGGCACGGUGGUGACGUACGACGGGCACGGUCCGGUGCCGACCACGGCCGGAGCGGUCGGCGCGCUCGGUGACGGGGAGCCGCGGCGCGACCAUCACUUCCAGACGCCGCACAUGCACGCGCGGACGCACCACGGGCACGGCCACGGGCACCAUCAGCAUGCCGAGCAUGGCGACCAUACCGGCCAGCACCAUCCGCAUGGGCACGGGCAGCACAAGCCCCACCAGGCGGUACCGGCCACCGACACCACCGAGCAGUGACUUUCCGCCUAACGCAUACUAACACACACCACAGCCUUUAGACAUUAGAGAGCGGGGCCAGGGAGGGUGGGAUGGUUGUGAGCGGUUUCGUGUGAGGAACAAUAAAUGAGAAAGCGUGUGUGUGUGUGUGUGUGUGUGAGAGAGAGAGAGAGAGAAAGAAGAAGAAGAAGAAGAAGAAGAAGAAGAAGAAGAGAGAGAGAGGAAGAAGCGAAAGAGAGUAAUAGAGUAGAUAAUCUACUUCUUGGCAGGGCCAUAACCGUCACGCAGCAAGGGUUUGUGAGCAUUGCGGCAAAUCUAUUUACCGAAUAACUUACAUUUUAAAUUUCUAGUCGCUAGUGGGGUUUUUUUUUAAAUAUUUUUGUUGUUGUUGUGUGUGUGUGUGCGCGUGGACGUGACUAGUAAUUAUUCAGGCGAGCGGAGUUUAAAAUUCGGCAACACCAUAGUCUAACAGCAACAGAAAAAGAAAGGCAGAAACGAAACUAACUUUUAGGUACGGAUAUAGGCGUUUUUUUUCCUUCAUGAAACUGGCUGGCCAUAUUGUUGUGGGUGUAGCUCGUUUGGCGCAGGCGCAGGCACGAUCGUAUUGGUUAUAGGGAAGAACAAAAUUUUAAAAUUAUCCAAACAAAACCCCGUACACACCACCGCCACCACGUACAGAGGAUAUAUAUAUAUACAUAUAUACAUUAAUAUUGCGCAGAAUUCUAAGUACCCAAGUAAAAGCUAGUGUUAAGGACAAGAAAACAACCCCCGCCGAACCCGGACGGGUGGUGGCUCGUAUCGUUUGUUUGGCCGCUUUUACCGAAACCCAGAUGUGUUGCAAACUAUGUCUUUACGAAACCAGUGGAGCCAUUGGAAUUACUUCAACAAAGUCUACCGAACGGCUAGGGAGCUUAUGCGUCCCGAACUGCUACACCUGAAUAUGUACGCUCUUGCUCGAUUGCUACUUUCUAGGACAGUGAACCAAAUGAUGGGCUGCAUCCAAGACCCCAAUCCAAGACCCAGAAGUAUUCUGGGACUAGUUCUACUGGGUUGGGAUCAGCAUCCAGUUCUUCGACUGGGUGUUCCAAUUCCAGGACCAAGGCAGGACUGUAGUUCAGAUCUAAGGUAAUGCUGUGGUAAUGGUAACGUAUGAGAUCAGUUUAAAAGCCACCAUAGACUCGGACAUCAAUUCCAGAAUCUGGAGCUGGAUCAGGAACCCGGAAUAGGUUCGUCGCCAGAUCUAGGUCUUUUACUGAUUUAAGAGCAGAAUUCAAAGCGUGAUAGGUACAGAAUAAUCCCCUCUAUCAUCAGAGCCUAGAUCGGGAAAGGUCUGAAGAUACAUUUAAACUUCCAAUAAAGUUUUGAUCGAUCGCCGUUGUUACACCA